CUCUCUAACGAGUCCUUAUCGUCACCGCCAGUGCAACUACCCCUCUUCAUUCGUAACUUCCCCUCCGAACGCUUCUUUAUAUCUCCUCUUUCCCUCCGAAUCCCGUCGAGAUUUAUCUCACCAAUUUGCUUCUUUGUUUCUCUUCUUGCAAAUAGACAAUCAAACAAUCAUGAUGGGUCUGGAGGCGUUCUUAGGGUUUGCCUCAAUCAGGGCGAGAAAAGAGAGGGAGAGCCUCGCCCGCUCCGACGCCGCCGCCUCAGACUGCCGCACCGCCAUACCCUCCUCCCUUCCCUCCGACGUAGAUCCCCUCCUCUUUCCCAUUCCCCGCGGCGGUGACUCCCCUCCGCCGUCGUCCUCCUCCGUCCUCGAGCCGCCUUCCUACGCAGACGUUGUCUUCAGCCCCUUUGAAUCCAGCAAUGGCGCGUCCGAUCAGGGGCCCUUCCUUCGCCUCGAUGCCUCCCCCAGAUCUGCCCGCGCCGUCGCCUCCGAUUACCGCCGUAUCGCCGUAUCCGACCCGCAGACAGAGGUGGAGGCCUCGAACUCGCUCGUCCCAGGCGGGACGACCUACGUCACCUACCUCAUUACCACCCGCGUCCGUCCGGGCUCCGAUGACGCCGGCCCCGAGUUCAGCGUCCGGCGGCGGUUCCGCGACGUUGUGACGCUCGCUGACCGGCUUUCUGAGGCAUACCGCGGCUUCUUCAUCCCGCCGCGGCCUGAUAAGAACCUGGUCGAUAGCCAGAUAAUGCAGAAGCACGAGUUUGUGGAGCACCGACGGUUGGCGCUCGAGAAGUACCUGCGGAGGCUCGCGGAGCACCCGGUUAUUGGGAAAAGUGAUGAGCUUAGGGUGUUCCUGCAGGAAAAGGGGAAGCUGCCGCUGCCAACGACGACCGACGUGGCUUCGAGGAUGAUGGAUGGGGCGGUACGGCUGCCGAAGCAGCUGUUCGGGGAGUGGGCGGCCGCACAAGUCGCGUCACAGGACAUCGUCCAGCCUGCGAAGGGCGGCAGGGAUUUGCUGAGGAUAUUUAAGGAAUUGAAGCAGGCCGUGGUCAAUGACUGGAGUGGAGUGAAGCCAUCGGUCGUGGAGGACAAGGAGUUUUUGGAGAGGAAGGAGAAGAUGCAGGACCUCGAAUGGCAGCUGACCCCCGCAUCACAGCAGCAGGCUGAAGCUCUUAUUAGAUCACAACAAGAUGUCGGUGAAAUAAUGGGAGGGUUGGGUUUGACCUUCAUCAAACUGAUAAAGUUUGAGACUGAGGAGAGUGUAUACCGCUCGCAGAGGAUACGAGUUGCUGACACCAAAAAUGUAGCAACUGCUGCAGUAAAAGCAAGCAGAUUAUAUCAAGAAUUGAAUGCUCAUACUGUCAAACAUCUGGACACACUGCAUGAGUAUCUAGGACUAAUGGUAGCUGUUCGCAGUGCAUUCUCAGACAGAACUAGCACUCUGUUGACUGUGCAAACACUAAUGUCGGAUUUAACAACCUUGAAUACAAGGGUUGAGAAACUUGAAGCUGCAUCCUCAAAGAUAUUUGGUGGUGACAGAUCAAGACUCCGUAAAGUGGAUGAACUAAGAGAAACAAUAAGAGUCACCGAGGAUGCAAAAAGCUGUGCAAUAAGAGAGUAUGACAGGAUAAAGAAAAACAACCGGAAUGAGCUUGAUAGGCUAGACAGAGAAAAGCAUGAUGAUUUUCUCAGCAUGCUGAAAGGGUUUGUAAUAAAUCAGGUUGGAUAUUCUGAAAAGAUUGCAAGUGUCUGGGCUACCGUUGCGGAAGAAACUAGUAGAUAUGCAAGAGACAACAAUUAGGUUAUUGCUAUUGCAAGCCAAAACUCAGUUUAUAUCCUGCUAUCUUCUCCAUGACACUUGCGUAUACACUACCUUGUAGAUAGAUAUAACAAACAAAAAAAGAGAAGAGAUUAAACAGAUUCUUUCCUAUCUUUAUUUCAUUAUUAUUAUUAUUUUUUUAAGGUUAUAUAACACCCUUUUUCUUAAUGAUUUGAAGUUGCUCUCUCGUUUGGCUACUGCUGUUUGGGUUUGUGAAAUUUUGAUGGGGCUGUUUUUUGGCUAAUUAUUGACAACGUUCAUCGGACGGGGUCUUCCCGGAGGCAAGUGAGAUGGAUGAAUGUGGUGGCGGCGAUUAAAAUGGUAAAACCUGCCUUGGCUCACUCGAUUGCUAAUCACAUAAGAGAAAUGCAUGAUUAAGAUAUGCGAAGGCAGAAUAUAUAUAAUGUUAGGAGCAUUUCGUUUAGAGGGACUUCUUUUCCCCUUCCCAGAUAGAUAGAAUGGAAAAUGUUGACCUGUCCUCCAAAAACACUCCAUUGCGUGUCACCAGCUCCAAAGGGCCGUCUCCGUCGCCAUGAUCAUGACGUACUGUCGAUCGUGAGAGACAUUCCUUGUUCGGCAUGGAGAGCUCUUGGCGAGCAAAGGUAGAGGCAAUCACUUGCCCAAACAUAUACGUAUGUUUGGACUAAUCAACAAUAGAAUAUCAAUAUAUAAUUUAUAAUACACCAAAUUUACAGAGUUCGAGGUUUCUUACCUAAAUCCAAAUUAAUAGAGGCA